AUGAAUCAGCCCAGUUCCGUAGACCCAACAGCGCCGCCGCCGCCGCAGCCACCGCGAUCCUCUUUCAGCUGCGACCGCCACCCUACCGAGAACUUCACCGGCUUCUGCCCCAUCUGCCUCUGCGAGCGCCUCACCACUCUCGACGGCAACUCCUCCUCCAACACCCCCUCAUCUGUCUCCGCCGCCAUGAAAGCCCUCUUCUCCUCCUCCUCCUCCGCUACUUCAUUUUUCCCCGAGCUCCGCCGCACAAAGUCAUUCUCGACGUCCAAUAACGAAGCUUUGAGCCAAUUCUUCGAGCCUCAGAGGAAAUCUUACGAUGUUAGAGGGAGAAACACUCUCUGGUCUCUCUUCUCCCUCGACGACGGCGGCGCCUCCUCCGGCCAAAAUCCCGCAAACGGCAAAAAAAUCGGAUCUUUAGCGGCGGAGAGGCCCGUUUUCAAGGAGACCGAGAACGACGACGAUUUCCGUGACCCAGAAAAUGUAGAAAUUGAUGAAAUUGAAGAAUCCCAUUUGGAGAAUUCAAGAAACGAAGUUGAAUUCGAGGAGCUCGACGGAGGCGGGUUUUGGGUGGCGGCCUCUGUUUUCAGCAAGAAAUGGCACAAGUGGCGGCGAAAGCAGAAGAUGAAGAAGGAAAACAAUCCCACAUUGCACUACCUAACUCCAUUUAUUACACCACACCUUCAAAUACUUCCUUAA